AUGAGACAAUUUGAGUAAAAUAUUUAUGUGAAAACAGGUAUUCUAACAAUAUACACAUGGAAUAAUUGUUUAUUACGAUGCAUGCUUUGCGUAAACAUCCCGCUGUUCAAUUGGGGACAGACGAGUUCAAACGCUGUGGUCUUUGUGAUAAAGCGGAUGGGAGCGUGAUAUUCCCCUGCGGUCACCCAGGUUGUAGUGACUGCGUGGCUAGGGGCGAGUGCCAGACUUGUGCACCAUUCAUGGAAUCAAGCUCCGAUCGACCUCUAUUGGAUGGCCUCCACACUAAAGCUUCAUCAUCUCUUCAAGAUACUUUACAACCAGAUGAGUACCAGAGGCAGAGGCUAUCCGAAAAAUUAAGGGUGGAAAAAGAAUUGUUCCCAGAAUGCAUACAAGCUCCUGCUAAGUAUAUCAAUAAGAGGAAAAGCUUGAAUGUGUCUAAGAAGGGUAAAGAAAAUAGACACAGUGCCUUAUUUCCUGGAGAAGAGAUAUCAUCAAGAGAGUUUACAAUGAAUAAAUCAAGAUCAUAUGUUCAAGAAUGGCUGAGCAAGCAAACAAAUACUUCUUUUGGGCCGCAGCCUCGCUCACCCUUCUCAGACCUUAAAGUAAAUACUCACCACAACCAGCCACAUUCCACCCCAGUAAAAGACAAACAAAAAGAAAAUGUUCCAAAGUUAGGAACCAGGCAGUCUAAUAGAAAAAGACCAAGAUUAAAACAGACACCUUCAACACCGAGUAACACAAGUUUAGAAAACUUCUUAAAACCUGUUGAAAAAGCCGAGGCUAAGAAGGCUUGGGGUGCUAAAAGAUUGAAGCAAGAAUUGGAUGACCCCAAGCAUGUGGAAUCCAAAGGGACCGACAAACAUCAAGAUAAUGAGAAUGUAAUUGUGAGUGAAGAAUGCUAUACUAUAGAAGACACGCAGGAUCAGAUUGUUGAUAAAGAUAAAAUGGCUCUCCUAGAAGUGCAGAAAGCCAGUUGCAUGGAAUCUGUGGAAAUAAUAGAAGAAACUGAAGAAAAUUCUCUGCAAUCACACAAAAUGUCUCAUGUGGCAUUUUUUAAAAAGAGUUACCUUUUUGAAAACUGUAAACAAUGCAUGAACACUUUAACUGAUAUUAAAAAAUGUUCACACAAUAAUACUCCGAUUAAGUCUAAUGAUGUCUCUAUAACUGUAGAGAACAAAAGUUUCAUAGCGACUAUCAGCAUAGUUGAUUGUAAUCCUGGUAAAAAGCAGUCAACUGCAGUUCAAACAGUGGAAGAUCCCUUCUUUGGGUUUGAGCAGCCAUCCCAAGAGGAUUCUGCAUCGCUUAUAGCUAAGAUGAAAGAAUAUAUUGAAACUGCAGACUUGCUGAAAGAUGAUAUGCCACAGACUGAUUCUCAAAAGACUUCUUGUACGGAUGUAAUCUUUGAGGAUCAAGUUAAGGAGGAUGAUAAAAACAUCCGGGAGGAUAAUAUGGAUAGAUUUGGUCAUAGCAGUGAACACGAUUUUGGUGUCCUGAAUCCAUUAGAUGGAGCUGGUUUCCAAAACAAGAGGCCCAGGCGAGGCCGCGGCGCCACGCCGGACAGCAACAACUCCUCCGACAAAGAGAACUGUGAUCCCAACAGGCAGAAAAGACAGACUAAAAAGAAGAAAGAUAAAAAAUAAUCCUUAAA